CCUUUUCACAUGUUGUUAUUAUAGGAGUUAGCAUGUAGCUAGCUAGCAUAAACCAAAUGAAAGAGAAACAUGGCUGUGAACUCUUACCGGUUGGGAGUUAGCUUCUUCGGGCGUCGUCGGGUGGUUCUUCCCCGGUAGAGGGCGACCAAGCGUCGGCUGUGGAGUGACAGAAACUUCCGUGUUGCUAGCUUAGCUUGUUUGGGCUAACCACGACCCGCACGCGUUUCAUUCUGUAACCGUGCUCGUUGGUUUCUGUCUCAGCCGGAACUUCCUUACCAACGCUAGCUACAUGUUAGCUAAUGAUAGCUAGCACCUGGAUUGAUAGGGUAACGCUGAGCACCUCCUCCUGUGAGUUAGCAUCUUUCAGUUAGCAUCUUGCAUUUGACUGAAUCUGUGCAGAACGAACUGAAACUCAUUGAUUCACUUGACACCUGCUGUGUCCGUGAACGUCUCAUUGAUAUUAGUUUAUUGGCUGCAGGUGUGUUUAGGUGUUGGCUGCAGCUCGGACAUUUGUGUUCUGUCAUGUAGAGCCGCUGCUCCUCCUGAUUCCUCCUGCUCCUCCUGCUGCUCUCUGCACCUCCUGCUCAGGCCUCCGGGUUGCUGACUCGGCGACUCGAUGGGGAAGAGGAAAGACAUGAUUCACCCCAGGUUUCUCGGCGAAGGCAGCUCCAGUCUCCACAGCGUUCACAAGCGGAAACACAAAAAGCACAAGAAGCACAAGAGGAAGCACCACAGCUUCCCCGAGGCGCCGGCGCCCGAGCCCGUGGUCGUCCCCCGGCCUCCUCCACAGCUGAGACUCAAGAUCAAACUGGGAGGACAGACGCUGGGGACCAAGAGCGUUCCCACCUUCACUGUGCAUCCCGGUGUCGCACGUCCUCCCUCACCACUGAUGAUCAUCGAUAACAAUGUUGAUGAUUCUGAUUCUGAUGAUGACGACGAUGAUGACGAGCCGCCCUCUGUGCCUCUGGAGCAAUAUCGAGCCUGGCUGGAUGAAGACAGCAACCUGGCCACAUCUCCUAUGCCGGACAUGGAUUCAGACUCCAUGCUGGGAGCGCCUGUGGACGAGGAGGAGAGGUGGCUGGACGCUCUGGAGAAGGGAGAGCUGGACGACAACGGGGAGCUGAAGAAGGAGAUCGAUGAGUCUCUGCUCACAGCCCGACAGAAAGCCCUGUUGCACAAGCAGCAGAUCCAGCCUCUCCUGGAGCUGCCUAUGGGCUACAAGGAGAAGGAGAUGACCGUGGAGAUGAUGCAGAAACGGGAGGAGCGAGCUCGAAAGAGGCGCCUGCAGGCCGCCAAAAAGGCCGAGGACAGCAAGAACCAGACGAUAGAGAGACUGACAAAAACCAGCAAGGCCAAGAUCAAAAGCAUGAAGGACAGGAGGUCCAAGCUGAACCAGAGCCCCAUGAUCCGCUACAGCGACACCGCCCUGGGCCUGGCUAUCUCCUUCCCCACAGGGGUCCAUCCUCCGGCGCCGGCUCCUCCCCUUCCUUCACCUCCGGCCCCGUCGAGCUGCGGAGUUAGCGGCUGCUCUAACCUGAAGAAAUACUCGUGCUCUACGACCGGGGUUCCUCUCUGCAGCCUCGAGUGCUACAAGAGGAACCUGCUGCUCGUUCAGAGCGCCGCUUGAACACUAACGGGACGAGACUCUUCUGAAACGACCUCCACUGGGAUGUGAUGGACACGAACACUCCUGGGAAAGAUAUGAUUUGAACUUCACACUCUGAAUCUGUGUCUAAUGUGGAUUUAGUUUUUUUGUUUCCAGAUGUGCUGUAUAAAUAUCUUACACACA